GGUCCACUGUUGCGGUAUCUUUAGCGAACUGUAAUAAUAAUAAUAACAAAAUUACACAGCGUUCACAUUGCAGAGUUCUCUACCAUGCUUUCCAGAAUACUGUCUUCCUUUAAAUUUGUUUUAUUUUUUUUCAUUUGUCACUCAAUACAGGCCAGUACGCUACAAUCAGCUCCUAUCACUGUCUUUAUUGACGAACGGGAACCAGCGUCAAUCACCCAAAUCAAUAAAUCACCGUUGAACCAUACUGGAUUUCCCUUGAAUGCCACCACAGUGGCACUGCGAAGUAACGAUACAUUCUACAAUUAUAAUGCCGUGUGUCGCAACGUUAAAGAUGCAGCACACAUGUGGUUGGGACUGUGCAGUGCGGAGACCGUCGCGCAGCUGUAUUCCCAUAGCCAAGCGCUGCACAUUCCUCUGGUGGUUAACAGCGCGUACCAGCCUGCUGUCGCCAAUCAGGACAAGACUGCGUCGUACAUGUUGAAUGUCCAACCAGCAACUUUAACGCCGGUGAUGGAUAUUGUUGGAAUGCUGUAUAACUGGACGGAAGCCAUCUAUGUCACCGAAUCACCAACAAAACAUAGCCAAUCCGUGCUGACGUACAACCAGCACCUGGCGGAUACGGGACGGCCAAGGAAGCUGCCUUAUGUGACCUUUAUUCUCGCCCAUUCGGCCAGUAAUGCGGCUAAGUACAUCUCGACGACAGUACUACGGUACACCAUUCGCAAAUGGAAUAUCGUUCUUGACCUACCGGCUACGUUCAUCAACACCCUGCUGACGGUGAUGUUCAAUAAUGAUGCCGUGCGUCAGCGAAAUUACCAUUUCGUUAUAGCGUCUUUGGAAGCGGAGGCGGUCAGUUUUGAAACGCUGCGAUUAACCUCCAACAGUAUCACGACGCUAUCCAUGCUGUACAAUGUGAAAGUGGCGGACGACCAGGCCAGCAUGAAAACCACGGAAGACGCAUUGAAUCUGGACGCGGUUAAUCUGAUCCAAUCGGCAGCGAAGGAACUCAGUUAUUCCCGCACAUCCGUUUUAGAUUGUGCAACAGUUCCACUUGGUACAUGGAAAGAUGGCGAAGCAUUAAUAUCCUUGCUACGAAAUGCAAACUACACGGGGCUGACCGGUGCACUGGAGUUCAACGAAAGUGGAAGAAGGAAGAAUUAUCGGCUGGAUAUAAUGGAGUCGCUGAACGGGGCUGUCCUAACAAAGAAAGCUACAUGGAGCGAUACAAGUGGAUUUCAGCUGCUGCCGGUAAAUCGCACCGAGGGAAAAACGGUCUUGAAAGUUGUGGGAGUUUUGACAGACCGGUUCUUGAUGCGGGAACCCUGCAACGGCACAUCCUACGUGUACAGAAUACCGGUGCCUUUUCCUAGCAGUUCCGACGUGACACUGUGCUACGUGGGAUAUAUUGUCGAUCUCAUUCACGAGUUGCAGGCUAUCACCAGUUACACCUUCGCUUUCCAUCACAGCCAGGGAAAAUAUUAUUACGGGAACUUUAUUAAUGGAACAUGGACCGGAGCUGUCGGAGAACUGCUGCGCAAGAAUGUUGAUAUGAUUGUGGCCGAUCUGGGGGUCAUCUCGGAGCGGGAAGCCGUCAUGGACUUUACCAUACCCUUUAUGAACGACGGUUUCGUCAUUCUAAUGAAGAAAGACGAACACCGAAUGCUGCAGUUAUUCAGUUUUAUGCAGCCCUUCUCCGCGCCGCUGUGGCUGUCACUAGCGUUGGCCCUGCUGAUCACCUUUGUUGUUGUGUACGUGGUGGGACGGUUGUCGUCGGCGGAAUGGCAUCGGCCAGCAGACUAUCACCGUAUCGCCAACCGUACCCUGAUUAAUGAGUACACCGUGCAGGAAUCUUUGUGGCUGAUGGCAGCAACGUUGCUACAGCAAGGGCCGAACAUUUCACCCCGCUCGUGUGCUACAAAAAUUGCUGUUGGCUCGUGGUACAUUUGGGCGCUGAUCGUGUGUUCCACCUACACCGCUAAUUUAGCGGCGUUUUUAACACUGAACCGGAUGACCUCGCCCAUUCAGUCAGCGGAUGAUCUGGUGGCCCAGGACGAGAUUCGCUACGGCAUCCUGGAGGCCAGCGUGGCCUCCAAUAAUUUCUUCAACAAUUCCAAGGAGGAUCUGUAUGAGCGCAUGUGGCAGACGAUGCAACGUCUGAACACCUCGGUGGACAGUCUGCAAACCGGUCUGGAUCGGGUGCGGCACAGCAAAUUCGCCUUUAUCGGUCCGAAAACUGUGGCGGAGUUUGCCAACUCCGGAAUGCCGUGUGACACGCGGAUUGUCGGACAGCCGUUAUACUACUCCAAUUACGCCAUUGCCAUGGCGGCCGGUUCACCAUUGCGGAAGAUCUUUUCGGAAGCCAUUCUGUAUUUAAACGAGAACGGAAUAUUACGGACGUUGGAGAAAAAAUGGUUUCAUAGAGAUGAAUGCAUUAAAGCGAACCAGAAAGAUACCAGCUCCAGUGCGGAUGCUACUGAUCUGACUGCUCUGAAUCCUAUCGAACUGGCUGGAUUGUUCGUGAUACUCGCCGCUGGCCUGGUGCUGUCGCUGAUUGUGGCGGUUGCCGAUUAUUUUCAGAAUGGACUGCGAAGAUUUCGCAAAUACGGAGUAUCUUUUGAUGACAUAUUAAUGACGACGUCUAAGGAAAAAAAGCGUGGGCAUAGGCACAUCAACAAUACCGGUAACGCCACGCCUCUGAAUGAAGUGUCGCAGCGGAAUAGUUGGUUGGAACUGAUACCGUCCGGCACACCCGAGCCGACAUAGUGGAUACGCGCUCAAAGUAAAUCUGUUAAUUUUUUUCCAAAAGUAUUACUGUCAUGUGACGGAUUGGGAAGUAAUAAUGUAGUCUGGAACAGAAUAAUAUAGACUGUUCGAUGCGAACUGAGUAGCGCGAAGCGCACGUGGUUCUUACCUUUUAUACGGCUUUUGCUGCUGCUUGUUAUCACGCAUUGUAUUGCGCCGACAAGGCCGAAUGUACCGACAAAUGAAGUACUGGUCAUUUUA